AUGGCCCUUGAGGCAAAACAGGCUGCUCUGUGUUUCAAGAAAGUUUUGAGGUUGUCCAUUAGAAAAAGCUAUACAUUUGUUUCCGAACACCCUAUCCUUUUCGGUUUGGGUGUCUUGCUCUAUCUAUUGUACAGAUCUUCACCAGGGCUCUUUGUGUUCCUGCUUUCUUCUUCGCCUGUAAUUAUAUGCACUGCUCUUCUUCUUGGAAUCCUACUGAGUUAUGGAGAAAUUAAUCUUCCUGAGGCUAGUGAAGAUCACAAGGGCACUCCAGAAGUUUCAACUUUCAAGGUUGGAAAUUCGUCCAGUGAUAUCCACUUUGAAGAAAAUCAGAGACCUUCAGUGCUUGAAUUUAGGGAGAAUGCAUCAAACUUCAAAGAGAGGGAAACUAAACAGACAGUUUCCUUCAGAGAGAGGGCUAGCGAGCAUGUUGAUCUUGAUGACGAUGUCCCUCUUCUGAAGAGAGCUGAUGAAGAAGAUGAGAGAGGUGAUCGGCAUAACAUACCUAGAACACCUACACCGUUUCCUUCUAUGGUCAAUCUUUGCCAAGAGUCUGGGAUCGUGGAGGACAUCACCUUCACCAAGAAAAGACAAUCGGAAGGUCCUUUUUUCAUUCAGGAUAUGGUUGACUGUCAGACUAGCCUAUUUGAUGAGGCCCGCCUGAGUGGUCUGAAUGACAAAGAUACACCCUUUGGUUUGUUUUCUUCUAGUGAGAAUGUUAAUAAGCAUGCUGAGAUGGAGGAAAAUCUAGUAUUUGCAGAUUCAGCAGCUAGUAAAGAGAGAGCUAUUUCUGAAGCGAAGCAAACUGAAGAGCUUGCUGGAACUAGCAAACAAGAUGCUUCUGUCCCUAUUCACCAAUGGGAAAAGAAUGGCGAGCUUAAUGUUGAUACUAGCAAUGUUGUUGAGGACAACUUGCUUGAUUCCUCUCUUGGCUCACCAUGGGCAAGAGUUAGCAGUCAGGAUGGUUCAUCUGGUUUCGACUCUGAUCAGGCUGAGAGUUCUUCUCCUGAUGCUUCCAUGACUGACAUUGCUCCAGUUCUUGAUGAGAUUGACCCACUUUUGGGUGCUGGUUCCAAUCGCCCCAAUCCUAUUCCUAAGGAUGAUUCAGACACAGAUUCUCAUGUCUCAGAGGAUCAUCAAAUUGACGAUGAUAGUAAUGAUGAGGGCGAUGACAUUGAUGCUAAAGAUAAUGUGGAGGGGAAGAAGAAAAAUGAUGGGAAGGAAGUUGCAUUUCUUUGGACAGCAGAUGAUGAAAAGAAUCUCAUGGAUCUUGGGUAUUCUGAGAUGGAAAGGAACCGCAGAUUGGAAAUUUUGAUGGCUAGACGAAGAUCCAGGAAGAACAUAAAGUUCGAAAUUGAUAACAACCUGACAGACGUUGAUAGUAAUGGUGCCGGUAGGAGUUUAGAUGAUUUGUCACGCUUCCGUGCACAUGUACCUCCUAUUGCAGUGCCAAGGAGGAACCCUUUUGACCUUCCGUAUGAUUCUGAAGAAGCAGCAAUUCCUGGCUCAGCUCCUUCAAUUCUGCAUGCACGGAAGAACCCAUUUGAUCUUCCCCUUGAACAGUUGAAUGACAGUGUUGUCGUCCCUGCCCCAGAUAGUUUAAACUCUGGAGAAUCUGUGAUGUCUCCUCGUCGUGACACGAUCUUCAGAAGGCAUGAAAGCUUUAACUUUGGAAGGAUGGAUGCGAUCCAGGAGAAGUGUUUUUCUAGACUCAAGCCAUAUUUUGUCCCUGAAACUGUGGAAUGGAAUGCAAGCAAUUUCCAAAGACAGUUCAGUGAUAAGAGUGAGUCUAAAAUGAGCUCUGUUACUGAAUCUGAUAUUGCUUCUUCAGUUGCUGAUCACGAGGAUCACAAGGACCAUGAUGAAAAGGACCUUGCAGAUGUUGGAAGUGAAUGCUCAGAUGGUAUCAACUCCAUAGAUGUUGAACUAGACAACAGCGACAUUGAUGACCGUGAGAUUUCUCUACAGCACUUUGUCUUUGAAAGAUCGCAAGAAAGGGAAGCACAUCUUGCUUCAACUAAAGGAAAAGGUCAUGAAGAAGAUUAUACGCCUAAGUCAGCUGGGAGUUCCACGACGCCAUUUCAUGCAGUUCCUGACCUGCUUAGCUGGGAAGAUGGAGAUGGUAGCAACAGCCUUGGUGCUAAACCUUCUUUUCAACUUAACACAGAAGUUAAAUGCUCAGAAUGGGUUUCAUCCUCCAGACCACCUGUGGAGGGUGAAUCUCAUUCUGGGGACCUUCCAGAGUACCUUGACACUGAAGUUGCAUCAAGCUCAAACACAGUUGUACUUGGUGCAAGCAAUGCAGCUGAGAAAGGUGGAAAUGUUGAUCUCAUGUCCUAUUCAAACAAUGAAACGCUAUUAGAUAACCUGAUUCAUGGGUCCAUGGAGCUGCCUUCUGAAUUUGUCACGGAAACAUUGCCGGUCAUAUCUCGGGACCUACACCCUAUCCCAGAGGAUAGAGUUGUUGAGAACUUCAACAUGCAAGAAAAGCAUGAAACAGCAAUUUUUACUGAUUCAACUGCUGCCUUGACUGGCCAUGUAAUCGAACAGCACUUUGAUGUUGGAUCUGAUGGAACUCUGAGCUCUGAAGUUGUUUCCUCGUAUCCUCAUGCUAAUGAUGCCAUCCAAUCUCCAUCAAGUGAACAUGAAGAAAUCUUGAAUCCCUUUGUUUUGAUGACUGCUGAACCUAAGAAGAUGGAUAUAAGUGACAUGUAUGGCGAAGCAACUGCAGGAUAUAUACUUGAUUCUGAUGACGAGGCUGAUAAAAUCUAUUCUGAGCCUAUGGAGGGCAGUGGAAUUGAUGAAAGUUUCCUGUUGGAAUUAGAUGCAGUGGGAGACUUUGGAGUUGAACUGAUGAGACUGGACCAGCAGGUGACAGAUCAGGCUUCCCAUGAUGAUAUCCCUACCAAUAGUGUUGCUGCAGAUUCUGUUAUUAGCCCUCAGACAUCUGACAACGUCUCCUUGACCAUGUCAGAAGUUGGUGCUGAAGACUCCAGGGAGCAGUCCUCAUUGGUUGAUGACCUAAAUGGCCCUGAAUUUGGCUGGUCAUUUGGAGCAUCUCAUGAUGACCCUGAGCAGACUGUCUACAAUCCUCGGAGACAGAUUCUCGAAGCAAGCCCCUUUGAAGCAAUGAACAUGGAGUUGAAGCCACCACACGAUGAGUCAGAAGUGCCUGCUGAUGAUACACCAUCACCAGCAACCUUAGCAGCUGGAUCAAGUGAGCCAGAGGUCACUAUAAAUGGGUUAGUGACAUCUACAACCGAUCCUGAGAUUACUGUUCUAGAUGCAAAGUCUCUGGAGGAUAUUGAGACUGCCUUUAAGCUAGUUAGUGAUGGUGUGGUUUCUGAGGCCACCAUGGAUACUGAAGCUUUGCAGAUCUCAGGUGCUGAUGCUGCAGAGCCCAAAGGGGCUGCUGGAGAGCUGCAUGUCAUUGAUGCAAAAUCUGUGGACAACAUGCAUGCUGCUUUCCAGAAGCACUUUGAUGCUAUUGUGAAUAGUUCCUUCGAAGAAAAUGAAGACAAGUAUGGGCAUGUAGAGACAGCAGAAUCCACGAAGCCUGAUGAACUUACUGAAGCAAUACAUAACGAAAGUCAGCACAACCUAGGAGAUGCUAGGGAGGCUUUACCAGUGGAGGGUACAAGCAAUAUGAGUACUAGUGAAGCAGAGUCACGAUGA